AUGGCCUUCAAUCUCACCCGCCUCCGCGAAUUCCUCCCGAAAGACCUCCCCCGCCUCCCCUCCUGGCCCGCCCAAAACCCAGAAGACUACGACGACGACCGCCCCUCGACCGCCCAAACCGGCGACUCCGCCGACCCGGACGCAAUCGAGCACCAAGAACCCAUAACCAUGGAACUCGCGGAGCCCAUGCCCAUCAGCGCCGGCCCCAAAACCAACCUCGACCUCAUCGCCGAAUGCGAUAACUUCCCGUACUACCAAACCGAGCCGAAGCAGUUUUUCGCACACAUCAACACCUACUACGCGCUGUACGUGCGGGAUUAUCCGAAUAGCGAGCUGGGGUAUAUCCUGCCGAGUGUGGCGGAGGUGUUUCGCGGGCUGCCGGAUUGGAAGCUGGAUGACGGGGAGAGGAGUUUGACGUUGAUGUCCGGGGCGAGCGAGGAGGAGCGGACGAAGGUGGUCGCGGGGACGAUUAAGGCGAUGCAUGCGACGGGGCAUUUCAAGGUGUUGGCUAAGUGGAGGGAUGAGCUGUAUCCGGUCUAUGGGCCCAAGGGGGAGUUGUUGUUUAGUAUGGAGAGGUCGGGGAGUGCGUUGUUUGGGAUCGUUACGUAUGGGUGUCAUAUGACGGCUUAUGUGAAGAGCAAGGGAGAGAGUGGGGAUGAGGAGAUGAAGAUUUGGGUGCCGAGGAGAGCUGCUAGCAAGCAGACUUAUGGUGGGAUGCUGGAUAAUACAGUUGCUGGAGGUAUUGCGACUGGCGAGAGCCCGUUUGAGAGCUUGGUGCGGGAGUCUGCCGAAGAGGCUAGUCUACCAGAGGGACUGGUGCGGAAAGGAGCGAAGGCUGUCGGCACAGUCACAUACUUCCACAUCCGCGACCACAGAGCUGGAGGCGAGACGAGGUUACUGCAACCGGAGUGCCAGUUCGUGUACGAUUUGGAGGUGUCUGAAGAUGUCGUGCCGAAACCGUCGGACGACGAGGUCGAAGGAUUUGAGCUGAUGAGUGUUGAGAAGGUGAAGGAGGCGCUUCGAAACGGCGAGUUCAAGCCGAACUGUGCGGUGGUGCUGCUGGACUUCUUUGUUCGACAUGGUUUCCUGACCCCAGAGAGCGACGAGAACUACAUCGAGAUCGUGUCGCGACUGCACCGGCGGCUGGACUUUCCGGUGCAGAUAAGGACGCCAUGA